GAAUGAGCCAAUUGUACAACAGCAAUGCAGCGAUCUCCACGAAUUCUCACCAAACUAACUUUCUCGUCACCAUUCUCUGCUAGGAAAUCAAGCUCAACUCUCUCCGUCGAAUCCUCUCCCUUGUCCCACCCUUGACUCCUCCGACCGUACACCUGCAAAUCUCUUCCCGCCCAAGUCUAAACAUCAACCCCGCUCCAACACCGGGGUCGUCCCGGCCGGUUCACCGACAAUGGGCGAUCACAAGGCUGCUGCCAACGGCACUGGAGAGGAAGGGGCAGAUAUCGAGUCAUCGGGACGUCCGAUCAGCUUGACAUACAAUGUCGAAGGGGCCCGAGAGCGUGAGAUGCACUUGUUCUAUCCCUACUGGGGAAUCCCUCCGGUGAAGAAGCGAUCGGCUAAUGCCUCUCGUGAUAACGUGCUCACCGUCUUCGCACAACUCGCCACUCUUCGACUUAACACGAAGCGAGCUCUCAUCUCCCUAUUCGACCGAGAAACCCAAUACGUGGUAGCCGAAGCCACACCGCACUACGACCUCCGCAGACACCACAACCAACAACAGGACCCAAAUGCGAAGGCGAAAUCAGGGAAUCUAUGGCUUGGCGUGUGUCAGAUGUCCCGCGAAUAUAUGAAGAUGUGCGAUCAUGCUAUGAAAAGCUUUGUGGAAGACCCAGAGGGUGUCUUUAUGGUACGCGACUUGUCGAAGGAUUCGCGCUUCCACGAUCAUCCCUCGGUGGUGGGACACCCGCAUAAUCGAUUCUAUGUAUCAGUGCCCAUCGUGUCCCCGGGCAAGCAUGUGAUUGGGAACCUUGUGGUUAUCGACGACAAGCCUCGAGAUGGGCUCGUCGAAGAAGAACUCACUUGCAUCCGAGACUUGGCCUUGACCGUGAUCGACCAUCUGCAAUCCCAGCGAGCGAUGCGCGAGGAAUACCGGGAGGAGAAGAUGGUAAAGGCCUUAGCCUUGUUCGUUAAUGGCAAGUCAGACCUUGGGGAAUGGGGCCAGAAUCAGGAUGGACGACCAACAAAAAAGCUGGGUGUUGCGUUGGUCGACAUGUCGGAAGUUAAAACUCGCCUCGACCAUCUCAAGGUCACCGACUCCGAGGACGAAACGGGGCAACAGCCCAACGGUGUGGGUUCGAAGUCUUUGAUUGAUGAGGAUGACACUCCAAUGUCUCCCAAAGGCACAAGCCCUUCCCGGGACAGGAGUUCUUUCCCAGACGACAGUCCUUCUGCAGAAAAUAACCCCUCUUCACACAACGGUAACACCCCAGAUCUGAGUGCCCCUUCAGAGAAGAGCCCCUCACCGGCCGAUGAAGAGGAAGGUUAUACAUUGUCACCAUCGAAGGAGAAUGGUGACAAGGCCAAACCCUUCGAAGAUCGGGUGGAAGAGCGGGACCAUGCAUACGCGCCAUCAGAAGAGAACGGGGUCUUCGAGGCUAGAAGCCCAUCUCCGGCCGGAGAUGAGCAAGGCUACCCAUCCUCGUCAAACAAUGAGAAAGGAGACGGAUCCAAGCGUUUCGAAGACAACAACAAUAUACACCAAGCCCCCGAAGAGAAAGGUUACACGUUUAAGCCAUCCGAAAGCGACGAACACGGGGAUGAAACCACUCCCUCACACAAGGCCACCAAUGGCAAGAAUAAGCCCGAUUCCACCGUGCAUAAAUUCGGAAAGGCAGGGGACAAGCCUGCCAAGAGCCCGAAAGGCUCGCAUGCUCAGGCACGGCCAACUCGUCCAAAGCUCUCACCGACCACUAGUCGCCUCCAGGAAUCCUUGGUACCGUCCAAUGUGCGAACAAUUCUCAGUCGGGCUUCAAACCUGAUUCACCAAGCCCUUGAUGUGGAAGGAACGAUGUUCCUCGAUGCGUCGGUGUACGCGAGACGGCAAAUGAUGGGCUCAACUAGUGACUUACACGAAGACCGGAAACCCAGCCCUCGAAAACGAUCGAGCGAUGAACAGGGGACGCCCAAGAAGGCGCAGGCCAAAGACCAGAAUCUGGGUUCAGCAACGCUGGUCCUCGGUCAUUCAACAAAUGCAGGUGCGACCCAGGUACAUGAGCCGGGUGACCGCCAUUAUGUCUCUCUAUCCAGCGAACUGGUGAGUCGAAUCAUCGACCGAUACUCACGCGGAAAGAUUUUUCAUAUCGAUGCGGACGGGACAAUCACAAGGAGUUUUGAAGGGACCGCGCUCAGCUCAGAACUGGAAACCCAUGUUCGAGGAGAGGGGAGCGGCGGGCAAGUCAAGACACCCCACGAUGCCAUGAUCCAGGAAGAGAACCGGGACAUUCGCGAUCUCAUCAAGGUCAUGCCCGGGGCGCGGUGUAUUGCAAUCUUCCCCCUAUGGGACUUCCAGCGCAACCGAUGGUUCGCAGUUAAUGUGGUGUGGACGAGAGACCCUGGUCGAGUUUUGUCGGAGCCAAAGGACUUGACGUAUAUGGCAGCCUUCAGCAACAGCGUCAUGGCAGAGAUCUCCCGACUGAACCUGCAGGCAGCCGACCGCGCCAAGGCCGACUUCAUCUCCUCGAUUUCCCAUGAGUUACGCUCCCCGCUGCAUGGCAUCCUCGGCACGUUAGAACUGUUGCACGAUACGGCAACCAGUACCAUACAGCGGCCUUUGUUGGAGACUGUCCAAAGUUGUGGAAAAACCCUGCUCGAUACCUUGAACAACCUCCUGGACUACGGCAAAAUGAAUGCGCUGAACGACCCCCAAGGAUCGCAGAAGCAGAAUGAGUCGAAGAACGAGGAGGAACGUCGCUCUAGCAAAUCAGCGGGUCCUCCCGAGCAAGAAGAAGAUCUCAGUCUGAUCGUGCAGGAAGUAGUCGAAGGCUUGGUCGCUGGCCAGGACUUUUUCUGGCGAACCACCGACAGCAAAUCAGAGAAGGAGAGGCAAGUCAAGGAGAAGAAAAGUAAGGGUAACCUCAAGGAUGUCAUCACCAUCGUCGACAUCCAGUGGCAAGAAAGCUGGCAUUGCAAAGUCAACCCGGGCGCGUGGCGCCGAGUCAUCAUGAACCUCUUCGGUAACGCCUUGAAGUAUACCGAGAAAGGGUGUAUUCGACUGCGGAUGGAGAACGGCAGCAUGCUACUGGAUAACGAGAAGGUUCCCGCGGUCCGGAUCGUGAUCACGGAUUCAGGUCGUGGUAUGUCAGAGGACUACAUCUUGCACCAUCUGUACACGGCAUUUGUGCAGGAGGACACGAUGUCACCUGGAUUAGGUGUGGGGGUGCACAUUGUGAACCAAAUAGUCAAGUCCAUGUCCGGUCAGAUAGAGUUCAACAGUGAGCUUGGCGUGGGAACUGAAGUCAGCCUACUGAUUCCCGUGACGAUGAUUCAAGACAAGUCAGCGACGUCGUUGGCUUCUUCAAGGUAUGCGGCAUUGAAGAAGAGGUUGCACGGACGCACGGUGGCUCUGUUCACCAAUACACUGCAAGCCGAUGACCUCAAGGUGAAGCCACAGUUUGUUGACAACGUCGUGACGAACCUUCGACAGAUGAUCAGCGAUUGGUUUGGCCUGCAGGUAUUGACGGCUGGAGAACUGGAAGGACAAGCGGCAGACAUCAACGUCAUCACCCAAGAUGAAUACCGUCGGCAUUAUAACCCAGAUUCUGAGGAGCCGGGCGGUCUGUCUCCGUCGGUGUCGACCAGCGUGGGAUUUCCAUUGAUUGUCCUCAGUGCCAACGCUACCAAGGCUGCUGAUCUCCGGUCCGAUCGCGAAGAUGUUGUCUUUUUCUACCAACCUGUGAGCCCCAAGAGUUUGGCCACUGCUUUCGAGACUUGUCUCGACAUCAAGGAGCGCUCGGAAGAAGGCAGCCAACGGAUGCAGUCAACGCCAUCUCCUCUGUCAGACAACCAGACCUCGUUGCCCGAGCGUGCAGUGAAUGGGUCUAGACCGCAGGGCGCGAAAUCAAGAGGGAAUGAGGAGUCUGGUGAUCAGCAAGGAGCCUCUGAACGCGAUAGUCAGGUGGCGAUGAAUGAUUCUGGUGAUGAAGUAACAGAACGGCGGCAGCCAAACACCGGUUCUGGCCCACGCAAAGUUCUUCUGGUAGAAGACAACGCCAUCAACAUUCAGCUCCUCGAAAUGGCUGUCAAGAAGUGCAAGUUUCAAUACCACUCGGUGUCAAACGGAUUGGAGGCGGCCGAGGCUUUUCGAAGCGCGGCAUUUGAUGCCGUGGUGAUGGACAUCUCGAUGCCAGUGAUGAACGGGCUCGAAGCCACACGCAAGAUCCGGCAGUGGGAACGAUCCAAGGGGUUGGAACCCACGGUCAUCAUCAUCCUCACAGCCGGGGUGUCACCGGACAUCCAGCACGAGGCCCGGGCGAGCGGAGUCAAUCUGUUCCUGAUGAAGCCAAUCUCGAUCGUCAAGCUGCAGGAUAUUCUACGUGACAUGCCUGACGCGAAAAAGGGGGCUUUGUUUUAGGGUGUGUUCUGAAUUGGAGUGGGCGUUCUAGGUUGUGGG